CGGACCUAUUGGCCUUUUAAUUUAUUUUUGCUACCGCAGUAAUGCCGCGAUGAGUCGAAUGCCCGGAUCGGUGUCUUUUCUCCCAUUCCAGCGCUAUUGACACUUUUCUCAGAGUAGUUGUGGUUGGUCGGGGUGGAGUGAAGACGAACCAGAACUGGGUCGGGGUACAGUGACUUGUCAAGAUGGGAGAGGGGAAGGCAGAGGGAAAACAGGGUACGUUUUUGAAAGUAGCCUUGAGAGGUUUUUGCUUAUGUAGAUGGACGCUGACCCCGGCCGGUUGGACAUUCUUCCUUUAUUGCAUUAAUUGCUUUUGGCCUUUGGGGAGGAGAAGAGAAGGGUAUGCUUCUCGGUGGCAGAAAACCCUUUACAUCCUGAGCUCCUUGGAGUAAGAAUUACAUAUUGCCGUGUGUGAGCGAGAGAGCUCCGCAGCCUCUGACUUUUCCCCGUCUCGGAAAGGGCAUUUAAAUUUCGGCUUACCGCAUUUCUGACAGCCGGAGACAGACACACUGCGGUUUGUCCCGCCCGCCGAUCCCCGCGGCGUUUCCAAUUCGCCCCCGGCUCCUUUUAGAAGUUGGCAUUUGGCUUUUAAAAAGGAUAAUAAAAUUAAAGAUCUUGGUCUACAGAGAGGUUAGGAUUUGGUGUUGGCGAGGCGCGGGGAGGGGGGUGAAGGAGGCUGGGGCAAAGAUGUGUCCGAUUCUCCUGGAAUUACUGACUCGGGGGGAAACGAGGACAAAUCUCUGCACCCAGCCUUGGCUCCCAGGCCGCCUCUGGUGUCCCCGCGCGGGUGUCCCUGCGCCCCGGAGAUGCGGAGGACGGCAAGGAGCGGGGCUCGGGGCUUUUCCAGAACAGCUGCUACCCUCGGCGGGUGAGGGGAAGACGCCUGGCUCUGGGCGCGGAAUCGUAGCAGGGUCUCUGGCGCAGUUGCGGCGCCGUAUUGGGUGUUGAAGGGAGGUGUCCCUGUUAUUAUUUAACACUCCCCUUUUAUGUAUUGGCGGGGCAGGGCGGGGGGGGGCGGUUAAGGCUCGAAGCUGAGCUUGCCACUCCAGCCCGCGAGGGAAAAGAAGAAAAGCCGGCAGAGGAAGGAAGGGGGGCGCGCUGGGGCAGGCUGCCGCGAUGCCCCUCAACGUCAGCUUCGCCAACAGGAACUAUGACCUCGACUACGACUCGGUGCAGCCUUAUUUCUACUGCGACGAGGAGGAGAACUUCUACCAGCAGCAGCAGCAGAGCGAGCUGCAGCCGCCUGCGCCCAGCGAGGAUAUCUGGAAGAAAUUCGAGCUGCUGCCCACCCCGCCCCUGUCCCCGAGCCGCCGCUCCGGGCUCUGCUCGCCCUCGUACGUCACGGUCGCGUCCUUCUCCCCCAGGGGAGACGACGGCGGCGGCGGCGGCAGCUUCUCCUCGGCAGACCAGCUGGAGAUGGUGACCGAGCUGCUGGGAGGAGACAUGGUGAACCAGAGCUUCAUCUGCGACCCCGACGACGAGACCUUCAUCAAAAACAUCAUCAUCCAGGACUGUAUGUGGAGCGGCUUCUCGGCCGCCGCCAAGCUCGUCUCGGAGAAGCUGGCCUCUUACCAGGCUGCGCGCAAAGACAGCGGCAGCCCGAGCCCCGCCCGCGGGCACAGCGGCUGCUCCACCUCCAGCUUGUACCUGCAGGACCUGAGCGCCGCCGCCUCCGAGUGCAUCGACCCCUCGGUGGUCUUCCCCUACCCGCUCAACGACAGCAGCUCGCCCAAGCCCUGCGCCUCCCCCGACUCCGCCGCCUUCUCGCCGUCUUCGGACUCUCUGCUCUCCUCCGCCGCGUCCUCCCCGCGGGCCAGUCCCGAGCCCCUGGCGCUCCACGAGGAGACACCACCCACCACCAGCAGCGACUCUGAGGAAGAACAAGAGGAUGAGGAAGAAAUUGAUGUUGUUUCUGUGGAAAAGAGGCAGCCCCCUGCCAAAAGGUCAGAAUCGGGGUCACCCUCUGCCGGAGGCCACAGCAAACCUCCUCACAGCCCGUUGGUCCUUAAGAGGUGCCACGUGUCCACCCAUCAGCACAAUUAUGCAGCGCCCCCCUCCACUAGGAAGGACUGUCCCGCCGCCAAGAGGGCUAAGUUGGACAGUGGCAGGGUCCUGAAACAGAUCAGCAACAAUCGCAAAUGUGCCAGCCCCAGGUCUUCGGACACCGAGGAGAAUGAUAAGAGGCGGACACACAACGUCUUGGAACGCCAGAGGAGAAACGAGCUGAAACGCAGCUUUUUUGCCCUUCGUGACCAGAUCCCGGAGUUAGAAAACAAUGAAAAGGCCCCCAAGGUAGUUAUCCUUAAAAAAGCCACAACAUACAUCCUGUCCGUCCAAGCAGAGGAGCAAAAGCUCAUUUCAGAAAAAGACGAGUUGCGGAAGAGGCGAGAACAGUUGAAACUCAAACUUGAACAGCUACGGAACUCUUGCGCAUAAAUUGACCUAUUGGAGGGAGGAACUGGAAUGAAUCCCUCAUGAAAUUCUCAUUUGUUACUAAGGGAAAGUGAGAAAGAAGACUCCUUCUGACGGAACUCCCGACGUAUGAACUUUCUGCAUAUGCAUGACCAACCUCACAACCUUGGCUGGAUCUUAAGACUGAAAGGUUUAGCCAUAAUAUAAACUGCCUCAAAUGGGACUUUGGGCAUAAAAGAACUUUUUUUAUGCUUACCAUCUUUUUUUUUUUCCUUUAACAGAUUUGUAUUUAAGAAUUGUUUUUACGAAAUCCUGAACUUUAUCCAAUUUUCCUUUGUAAAUAUAGCCAUUAAAUGUAAAUAACUUUAAUAAAACCUUUAUAGCAGUUAUACCAUAAUUUUUUUAUUUAAGUACAUUUUCCUUUUUAAAGUUGAUUUUUUUCUAUUGUUUUUAGAAAAAAAUAAAAUGCCUGGCAAAUAUAUAAUUGAGCCAGAUCUUCA